GAGCCGUCCCUGCUUGCACACACACACACAUGCAUACUAGCAGCAGUGGGAGAGAGUGACGUCGUGGCUGGAGCUCGGGGAGUCGGGGCCACGUGUCUCUCACACACACACACACUCACACCGUCACGUGACCGGGCGCGCUUCCACCGAUACAAACACAAGAUGGCGCGAGGCUGCGGGAGCGACUGACAGAUCCGCGAUCCCCGGGAGAACCCCGGGAGAGUUGUUUUGCCCCAACACGGAAGAUGAUGGAGGACAAGGGACCUCGUGUUGCUGACUACUUUGUGGUUGCAGGACUGACUGAUUCAUCAAAGCCACUAGAGGAGGAAAUACACUUUAAUGAUGCCUGCCAUAAGAUAGCUAAACCAAAGGAACCAAUCACCGAUAUUGCAGUGAUCAUUAAGUCCCUGGGGGAAGAGGUACCUCUGGGAUAUGUAUGUAUGGACACUACGCCGACUGGACUAUUGGCUGACCUCAAUAAUGGCAGCAUUAGAGGACCUCAGAUAUAUUUGUGCUACAGGAGAGGAAGAGACAAGCCGCCACUUACCGAUCUGGGGGUGCUAUAUGAGUGGAAAGAGAGGCUAAAACAGGGUUGCCAGAUAAUCCAAACUACACCUUACGGACGUCCUGCCAUUAUAAGCAGUAGCACCUCCUCGCAGAAAGCGUACAUUACCUACCGAAGAGCCUCAGAAAACAUGACCCAGAAUACCUUGGCUGUAACCGAUGUUUGCAUAAUCAUCCCAAGCAAGGGAGAGACCCCUCCACACACCUUCUGCAAGGUGGAAAAGAAUCUCAAUAGCAGCAUGUGGGGAUCUGCGGUGUACCUCUGUUACAAAAAGUCAGUAGUCAAAACCAAUGCAGUAUCUUACAAAGCUGGUUUGAUAUGCAGGUAUCCUGAGGAAGACUAUGAGUCCUUUCCUUUACCAGAAUCUGUGCCUCUCUUCUGCCUGCCCAUGGGGGCAACAAUUGAAUGCUGGCCAUCCAACAGUAAUUAUCCGCUCCCCGUUUUUUCUACCUUUGUUUUAACUGGAGCGUCUGCUGAAAAGGUUUAUGGAGCAGCAAUACAGUUUUAUGAGCCAUAUGCACCAGAGCAGCUGACUGAAAAACAGAGAGCGCAGUUAGGAUUAGUAACAAACAUGGAUCCCUCUAAAAGUAUUCAUGUUAGCAAAUGUAUCUGCCUCCUCUCUCACUGGCCUUUCUUUGACGCUUUCAAGAAAUUUCUCACUUUCCUCUACCGUUAUUCCAUCUCCGGACCUCAUGUGCUCCCAAUAGAGAAACAUGUUUCCCACUUCAUGCACAAAGUUCCAUUCCCAUCUCCGCAGAGGCCACGUAUUUUAGUACAGCUGUCCCCGCACGAUACCCUGAUACUAAGCCAGCCUGUGUCCUCACCGCUUCCACUAAGCGGAGGGAAGUUUUCCACGCUGCUGCAGAAUUUGGGCCCUGAGAAUGCUGUGACUCUCCUGGUUUUUGCCGUCACUGAACAUAAGAUCCUCAUCCAUUCUUUACGCCCCUCUGUUCUCACCAGCGUAACUGAAGCUUUGGUCUCUAUGAUUUUCCCUUUCCAUUGGCCGUGCCCGUAUAUUCCUCUUUGCCCUUUGGCCUUGGCGGAUGUGCUGAGUGCCCCAUGUCCUUUUAUUGUGGGAAUUGAUUCUCGCUAUUUUGAUCUGUACGAGCCCCCUCCGGAUGUGAGUUGUGUUGACCUAGAUACCAACACCAUCUCUCAAUCAGAGUGCAAGAGAAAUGUCAGCUGGAAGAUCCUACCUAAGAAAGCCUGCAAGAAUCUCCUCAACACACUCAGCAAUUUGUAUCAGCAACUGGCAGAGUUACAGCAACGACCCAGAGAUGACGCCCUGCUAGAACUGGCAAUGAAUGACUACGACUUCAAUUCGGGAAAGAAAAUGCAUCAGCUGGACAUGGAGAUUCAAGAAGCUUUUUUAUGUUUCAUGGCAUCAAUUUUGAAAGGGUACAGAGCCUAUCUCCGUCCAAUCACGCAGGCCCCGUCGGAGACGGCCACAGAUGCCAGCUCUCUGUUUGAACUACAGGGUUUUUUAAAAAGCCGCGACCGUUCACACCACAAGUUUUACAAUAUGAUGAUCAAGACCCAGAUGUUUAUCCGCUUCAUUGAAGAAUGCUCGUUUGUUAGUGAUAAGGAUGCCAGCUUAGCCUUCUUUGAUGACUGUGUGGAGAAGCUAUUCUCAGAAAGGAAUGGUGCGGAAAGGGGUAUUAAGGUUGAUGUGGAUAAGUCAGGAGAGAUGCGUCUCAUUGAGCUUGAUGAGUCCCACAGAAGUGAGCACACCGUGUUCAUUACACCGCCCGAAAUUCCUCACUUACCAAAUGGAGAGGAGCACCCAAAAAAAUACAGUUACAAUGGCUUUCCUGUUCUUGCUUUGGAUCUUUUUGAUACUCCGGAUGGGCUUUUGAAAAUCCACAAACUGUCUACUAAAAUCACAGCUUCCAGCAGUCCUUCUCCAAUGUUUAGGAGAACAAAACAGGAGAUCAGGUCAGCUCACAAAAUAGCAAUGCAGUAUUCGUCCAUCCCCCAAAUGUGGUCCAGAUGUCUGCUGAGGCAUUGUUACGGUCUGUGGUUUAUCUGCCUACCUGCCUAUGUGAAAGUCUGCCAUUCAAAAGUCAGGGCUCUACGUACUGCAUAUGAUGUGUUGCGGAAGAUGCAUGUCAAGAAAAUUGACUCUCCUGAUGAGGUCUGUUACCGUGUUCUCAUGCAGCUGUGUGGCCAGUAUGGCCAGCCUGUUCUUGCAGUUAAAGUCUUAUUUGAAAUGAAGAAAGCUGGAGUACAACCCAAUGCCAUCACCUAUGGGUACUAUAACAAGGCCGUUUUGGAAAGUGUGUGGCCCUCCGGGAAUCGGGGGGGCUAUUUUCUGUGGAUAAAGGUCAGGAAUGUGCUGCACGGAGUAGCCCAGUUCAAAAGAGCCUUGAAAAAGCAACAUUCCUUAGCCCCACAUGCUACACCGUCAGACGGCAGUGACCUGGAUGCAGUCAGCCAUGGUAGUUUGGACAGUUCCAUUGACAUGAAUGCCACGGAGCAGCCACCAUUCAGCACCGAUGUGACCAGCGCAGACCCAUCUGAUGACCGCUCUAGCACUGGUGGUCAGUCCGAUCUAGGUUACAGUUCCCUAUCCAAAGAAGAAGUACGCAGAGGAGAUGUACAUGAUAUACAGGAGGAACAGGAAGACUCCAGAGGGAGUGACUCCAGCUCAUUGUCUGAGUCUGAGAGUUCAAAGGGCAGCCGAGAUGGCCUGACACAGUUGCUCAGUCCCACUUCUCACACUGCAAAGACCACAUCUACUAUAGUUCGGAGUGAGAUCAAAACAAACAGCCUGGCUGGCACAGUUGCUGGUGGUAGUGCUGCAGGCCUUCUGUUUGCACCCUCUUUUGAAGAUAACCGAGAGAUUCAGAUCUACCAAAGCUGGAGUCUGCGGAAGAGGCAUAGAAGUGCCAUGGAGCCAGGAUUGCAAAAUCAACUGGAAUGGGAACCCAGGAGUAGACACUACAGCCAAGAAAAUCUUGCAGGUUUAAUGAUCAGCGGGACUGUCCAGGAAACAAAAGCUGAUAAAAUACUCAAUAAACUGGGUGCGGAUGCAAAAAUACUCAGUAGCGCUUUCCAAAAAAGUGUUACUCGGCCAAAGACUUUAGACCUCAACAGAAACUCUCCCACCAGUAAGGAUACAGCGAGUAUGAUGAAGGAGUGGAGUGAUGAAGAAUCUCCAAUCGGGGAGGAGGGGUACGCAGACAAAACAGACUCACCAGUGAUUUUUGAUCUUGAAGAUCUGGACGGUGACGCUGUUGAAAGUAAGCCUGUAAAAACUAAUGGCAGAAAAGAAAAGCCGCGAGAGAGAACCAUGAGCACAAGCUCUUCAGCACCAAUGUUUGUGGACAAGUCAGUUGGAAAAACUGAUGUAAAAGUUGGAUUAGAUCCUCUUUCAAUGCUAGCAGCGGAGACUGUGCAAGAAGAAGUUAUUGAGGAGGUGGGGGAGAAAAGCCUAUUGACACCAUCUGCUAAAAGGGACCUUGCGGAGGAGAUAGAAAUGUACAUGAAUAACAUUAGCAGCCCUCUGUCCAGUAGAGCUCCAAGCAUGGACUUGCAGAGGAACACUACUGAUCAGUACAAAACCUCCAAAGCUAUACCUCUCUGUAGGCGCUCAAGUCUUCCCUCAACUCCCCCACAAGUACCUAGGUUACCAAAGUCAAAAACAUACCACAUAAAGCGUGGGGAGAGAAGCCGGGGCAGGCUCUGGUCCUCUCCAAUAGACUCUGUAGGAAGUGCACAAACGGAAAGCCACCCAGAAUCUGCCCUUACCUUGAUGUCUCCAACAUCCUUUAACUUUGAUACACUCCUGACACCCAAGCUUGAUGUAUUAAAGAGCAGCAUGUUUUCCGCUGGUAAAGGAGUUGCUGAGAAGGCCACAAAGUGGUACUCAAAAAUCACGAACUAUGGCCCAUUGAAGGAUCAGAAUUCUGACCGGGCGAGUCUGUCUUCAGGAGGUGCUGGGGAUAUAGAAUCCAUCUCUAUAAAUGAAGAUGACUUUGAAGGCAUUAAUUCUCAACAUGACAAUGAUCUCUCUACUGGCAACAAUUCAAUGGGAGUAAGCAGAACCAGCUUGGAGAGCAACACUUCCCAAGAGGGUACCUCAAAGCAACUGUACAACAAUGGCUCUCCUUCCAGGAUCUCUUUAAACUACAAAUCAGAUCUUCUUUCCUCCUGCAAUUCCAGCAGUAGCAGUGUCUUCCAGAACUAUGCUAUGGAGGUCCUAAUUUCCAGCUGCUCCCGAUGUCUGACCUGUGAUUGUCUUGUGCAUGAUGAGGAGAUUAUGGCAGGGUGGACAGCAGAUGACUCAAAUCUCAACACCACAUGCCCCUUCUGCGGCAACCCCUUCCUACCGUUCCUAAAUAUUGAAAUCCGAGAUUUGCGUCGCCCUGGUCGAUACUUCCUGAAGGGCAGUCCAUCUGCAGAAAGCAUGCCACAACCUACUGUUUCCUCCCAUAGGCCCAAGUCUGCAAUUAUUUCGCCUACUUUUACUCUCGCACCAUCUAGCAAUAAACAAUCUGAGGACUCUCACAUCAGGAUUAUACAGAUACCAACUGCCAGGAAGAAGAAAGAUCUCAAUGAAACGACUUCUCCAAGUCUCCCGGUAGUGAGAAGCAUCAGUACGUUCAGCCCUUUGGAUGAGAAGCCAUCUUGCAAACUGAGCCAUGUUUCAACUGGCAGCCUACCUACUAACUUUCAGACAUCCACUGACUCACUGGACUGGAGGCUUUCACACCCCGAGCCAAUCACUGUCCCUUACCUUAGCCCCCUUGUCGUGUGGAAAGAACUGGAAAGCUUGCUGGAGAAUGAGGGGGACCCAUCCAUUACGGUUCCUGGUUUUGUAGACCAUCACCCCAUAGUUUUCUGGAAUUUGGUGUGGUACUUCAGGAGACUGGAUCUUCCAAGCAAUCUUCCUGGAUUAAUUUUGUCCUCAGAACAUUGCAACAAGAAUUCAAAGAUCCCUCGGAGCUCAAUGUCAGAGGAUAGCAAACAUGUACUUAUACAAGUCUUAUGGGAUAACCUGAAACUUCACCAGGAUCCACGGCAGCCUCUGUACAUUCUGUGGAACAUUUUAAGUCAAAACUGCACUGUAGUUUAUGAGACCCAGGAGCACCCGCUGGCCAUCGCACAGAGCAAGGAAGAGGAGACAUAUGAUAAGGAAUUUCUCCAAGGUCUAGUCAGGAGCAUCAAGAACAACAAUGUAUACGGUCCCAUGAGCCAGAUACUUCAGUCUCUACAGCACAAUCCAAAGAACUCACGACAGAGGAGUUUGUACAGAGAAAUUCUCUUCCUGUCUCUGGUAGCCCUGGGAAGAGAGAACAUUGAUAUAGAUGUGUUUGACCAGGAAUAUAAAAUGGCUUAUGAUCGCCUCACCCCCGACCAAGUGAAAUGCACUCAGAUCUGUGACCGUCCCCCAAGCACUGGCGUCACAGAGUGCAGGAAGACUUUCCGGCAGCCAUUCCUCUGAGAGUGUCCUGAUCUGCCAUCAUUUCUUUGAAACGAGCCAGAUCUCAGGACAGGCGGGUGUAUCCGAUCCAGGGCUGUGAGCAAGCAAUACGGAAGAUUUGCACGCAAGCGGAACAAGGACUGUAUGAGAAACAGAUUAUGGCAGAGACAAGGUGGACAUACUGUAUACAUAAACCUCAUCUUUUCCGUGCUGAAAGUUCAGGUCUUUUAUAUAAUAAAGAAUAUAAAUAUAUAUAUACAGUAUAUGAGAGACAUGAGAUAUUAUACAUCAUUCCGAGUGUUGUAGUUUACACAGAAUAUUUAUAUUUAAUGUUAAAAAAGAAAUUAUGUAAAAUAGGUUACAAAAUGCCUAGUACGUCCUGAUUUCAUUUUAUUUUUUAUGAAAAGAUUACUGAGUGAAGAACAUGUUUUAUGGGCAAUAUGUUACUGUGCCUCAUAAUGUAGGCAUUGUGUUAUUUUUAUCUAUCAUCUCUUAAUUUAUUAUACGUCCUGGGUUCCGUAUUAUUUUGUAGUACAACAAAGCUGUUUUUAGGACCCUGAUGAGGAGUCACCAGCCAGUGUGGAAUAUUAGAUUUGUAGGUCCGAUGUACGCUAAAGGUUGCCUACGUUUCCCUUAUGAUUUAACAGAAGAUUGAUAUUCCUCAUAUUUUAAUGAAAGCCUUUCUGCAUUGGAGGAGCAAUAAAUAAGCUAACCCCACACCCUCAGCCGGAUUUACAGCUUUGAAUGAUACAUUAACUUUAGCUAUGAUGGGCGGACUUUCCGCCGGAGCUAAUUAGGGUAGUGCAGCUCUCAGUUAUGCUUGACGUAUUUUCGGUUUAUUUGCAAAAUCGGUACAUCAAACAGAAAUUCUUUUAAAGUCAGUGGUUUAACUGCAUAUACAAAAAUAAAAUGUUAUUAUGUUAGAUUUUGCAUCACUGGAGAACCACUGAAUGUGAUAAGUAUACCUGGCAUGCAACAAUGAGGGGCAGAUUUAAUUAGCCACGCUAUUACAGUGUGUGUGUAUUAUCCGAGUAGGAAAAAAUAAAAUUUCUCACAAACACACAAGCUUCAGUGGAACCUGUGUGUGUUUGGUAGAAACGUCUGUUUCUGGGGAUUUGGUUUCAUUGGCCUGAGGCAUUUGAAGCAAAAUCGCUGAUAAGCCAUGGCUCGUGUUAACUUAUCGGGGCUAAUAGGAUAGCCCCCUAUGUGCACAUUACACGCUCAGAAUUGAAUCUGACUUUACAUGUUUUGGUGUGCCCCUUAAAUAUAGCUCUGCAGAUCCAGUAUUAAGAGCCGUGAAUGUGAACGGAAGUCAUGUGACUGAUCACUAUAAAGGGCGUAUAUAUCCUACUAUACAAACAUGCAUCCAUUGUCUGAGAUACAAGUACAUUUCAUUGGUACUGUUACUUUCCAUAGGGCUGUACCUUCAGUCAUGCAAAAAACUGUGGCAGUAAACAAUUAUAAACUGUUCAAGCUCCAUUCUUUCCCAUUUUCAUAUACUACCCUCAGGUGGCUUGUUGUUUACAUACUCUGAUUUAAUUCUUAUUGCUGAUAUUUAGUCUUUAAUCCUAGUGCACUUAAUGCUGUUACAUUCCCAAUAAUAAUAAUAAUAAUAAUGCUACAGACUAUAAGGUGUUCGCUUUGCACUAUAAAUACAGUUCUGGAAUAACGGUACAUACUGCUCAGUCCUGAAACACGUUCUCAAUGCCAUAAAGUCCCCCUAGUACUGUGUAAGGGACCCGUACACAGCUAGUUGUACUGCACAUUUCACCUCUAUGCUGUAAAACUUACCAUUGUCAUUUUUCCUUAUACUAGAGGAAGUCCAAGGAAAUACCACAAAGGGUUAAUUCCUCCAGUGUCCUCAUCUCUUAAGGGCAGACUGUUCCUAUGUGUCCCCCGCCUCCCCUCCGUAGUUUAAUGAUGCUCUUCAGAUCUCUGUAUAUUCUGUAGAUUUUGUAAUAUUUCCAGAAAAAAACUUACGGAGAGAAUACGGAUUUUAAGAUCAAAUUAUCUUUUAUUUGUAUGGUAAGAUGCUAGUUUACAUUGGUCAUACAUUUCUGUUGUAGAAAUUGAAGAGCAAGCUUGCAGCAUCAUGCAAGGCAAUGUAUAUAGAGCAGGAAUGUGCGCUGUUGUUCAGCAGUAGCUGUAAUGCCGACGGUUGCCGAUCCCUGACGUACUGUACACAUAAGAAUUCUGUAACUGUGAGCAAUGUUUUGCUGCUGUCAAUCUACGAAUCUCCUUCUGGUUUACAAUUGCAUAGGCACUGCCAGAAACAGCGUGUGUACCGGAAGAUACAGUAAAUAUGGAUUUUGUUUACUGGUGACAUGCAAGAUCUGUUAUUGGCUCUUACCAUGUUACCCUUUGUUCUAUUGCUUUUUAUUUAAUUAAAUGUCUUUUGAAAUUGGA